CAGUACUUUUAUGUUCCAUGGUUCAGUAGCGCGACAUCGUUCAAGAUGAACAGUUGGGCUGGAAGCCGCUGGCUUCGGCUUGCGGUUUUGCUGUGGUGCAGUGCCGUGCACGUGGGUGCGGAAACUCUAACACCCCCGUAUUUUAAUUUGGCAGAAGGGAAGACGAUCACCGCCUCCGCGACUUGCGGCGUCGAUACAGAAGGACCGGAGCUUUAUUGUAAAUUAAUCGGUGCUAAUUCGGACAAGGAGCUUAAUGUCAAUGUUAUACAAGGGCAGUACUGCGAUGUGUGUGAUCCGUCGAAGCCAGAAAAAAUGCACCCGCCAGAAUAUGCCGUGGACGGUAUCGACACAUGGUGGCAAAGUCCUCCACUUUCCAGAGGGAUGAAAUACAACGAGGUCAACUUAACAAUCGAUCUCGGACAAGAAUUCCAUGUAGCAUACGUUUACAUAAAAAUGGCCAAUUCUCCGAGACCCGGAUUAUGGAUUUUAGAAAAAUCUGCAGAUUAUGGUAAAACCUAUACCCCCUGGCAGUAUUUCUCAGAUUCGCAUGCCGACUGUGAAACUUAUUUUGGAAAAGAAAGUUUAUUGCCCAUAACAAGGGAUGAUUCGGUCAUUUGUAGUACGGAAUAUUCAAAGAUUGUCCCAUUGGAAGAAGGAGAAAUUCCCAUUUCUCUGCUAAACAACAGACCCUCUGCAAAUCACUACUUCAACUCCACUGUGUUGCAAGAAUGGACCAGAGCAACCAACGUAAGAUUUCGUUUCCUACGUACCAAAAAUUUGCUUGGACAUCUUAUGUCUGUGGCAAAACAAGAUCCUACUGUUACCAGAAGAUACUUUUAUUCCAUCAAAGAUAUUAGUAUUGGUGGUCGGUGCAUGUGCAAUGGUCAUGCACAAACAUGUGAUAUAGCUGAUCCAAAGGAUAAAGUGCUUUUAUGUCGCUGUCAGCACAACACUUGUGGAGCAAAAUGUGACUCAUGCUGUCCUGGUUUUGAACAAAAAGCAUGGAGACAAUCAAAACAUAAUGAUCCAUUUAGGUGUGAACCAUGUAACUGCUUCAAUCACAGUGAUGAGUGUGUAUAUGAUCCUGAGGUGGAUAAGAAACACCUUUCAUUAGACAUUUUUGGAAAGUUUGAAGGAGGAGGAGUAUGUCAGAAUUGUAGACACAAUACUGAGGGUAUUAACUGUAAUAAAUGUCAGAGCAAAUUCUACAGACCUUACAAUAAACACUUGAAUGAAACUGAUGUUUGCCAGCCUUGCAACUGUAACCACUUUGCUUACACUGGUAACUGUGAGGAGGGUUCUGGAAGAUGUGAAUGCAGAGAACAGUAUACUUCACCAGACUGUACAAGUUGUAGCUAUGGAUAUUACAGUUAUCCAGAAUGCAAAGCAUGUGAAUGCUUCCAAAAUGGAACUGUUAAUGCUCAAUGUUCAGAUUUGGAUGGUCAAUGUUCCUGCCUACAUAACUUUGGAGGACAGUAUUGCAAACAAUGUGCAGAGGGCUAUUACAAUUUCCCAGAAUGCACAGAAUGUGAAUGUGAUCCCAACGGCAUAGAACCGGAUCAAAGCUGCAAUCAAAAAACAGGCGAUUGUCCUUGCAAAAACAACUUUUCAGGAAAGCAAUGUGAUCAAUGCAAAGAUGGCUAUUGGAACUAUCCUGAUUGUUUAUAUUGUAGCUGCGACAAAAGUGGUACUACCGAAGAAAUCUGCGACAAAGGCACAGGCAAGUGUUUCUGUAAGGAAGGAUAUGGAGGCGAAAGAUGUGACCAAUGUCAACCCGGAUAUUUCGGAUUUCCCGAUUGUCAACCGUGCAAUUGUAGCAAAGUUGGCUCUCAUGGAACCACUUGCAGUGCCACUGGAAAAUGUUCCUGUUUAAGUAACUAUGCUGGUCGUACUUGCGAGCAAUGUAGUCCUGGAUACUACAAUUUCCCUGAGUGUAGACCUUGUGACUGCGAGUCUCGAGGAUCAAAUGGAAUAACAUGUGAUUCAGAAGGAAAAUGCGAAUGUCUUGAAAAUUUCGCUGGACAGCACUGCGACUCUUGCAAAGAGGGUUAUUACAACUACCCUGCUUGCGAAGGUUGCAAUUGUCAUCCUGCUGGCGUCGUGACGGGAUUCGCUGGUUGCGGAUCAGUGCCUGCCGGCGAGCUUUGUGAAUGCAAAGACCGGGUAGAGGGUCGCAUUUGUAACAAGUGUAAACCUUUGUUCUGGAACUUAAACUCGCAUAAUCCGGAGGGAUGUGAGGAGUGUAACUGCAACCCGGCGGGUGUGCUAGGCGGUAUAGCGGUGUGUGAUGGCGAAAACGGCAAUUGUAUUUGUAAACCAUCGGUAAUCGCCAGGGACUGUACGGAAUGUGAAGACGGCACCUACAUGUUGGACGAGGAUAAUCUUUUCGGGUGCUCUGAUUGUGGCUGUGACGUGGGUGGUUCAGUAAGCAGCAGAUGUGAUAAGAAUACCGGAAAUUGUACGUGCCAGGCUCGUGUAACUGGACGAACUUGCAAAGAACCUCUUGCCACCCAUUACUUUCCAACACUUUAUCAAUACCAAUACGAAGUUGAAGAUGGCUACACUCCCGAAACAACUCGUGUACGAUAUGCUCAUGACGAGAAUGUUUUCGCCAAUUAUUCAUGGAAAGGAUAUGCUGUGUUCUCACUACUGCAGAAAGAGGUGCAACAAAACAUCUACAUUUAUAAACCGUCGCUCUAUCGAAUGGUAAUAAGAUUCGUCAACCCAAACAACCACACAGUCAUCGGAAACAUUAGGGUUACUCCAGACAAUCCGAAUGACAACGAACAACUAAUUAAGGUUCAAUUUAGGAAUACAUCUAAACCCACUUUUGUCACAGUUUCUGGCGAGUCGGGUAAUACUCCACGACCAUUUGUCCUGAAUCCUGGCAGAUGGACUGUUGGUAUCAACGUAAACGAAAGUGUUUUAUUGGAUUAUUUUGUGUUAUUGCCUGAGGAGUAUUAUUUAGCAACAGUAUUAACGCAGAAGGUAGAAACUCCUUGUAAGUUGGGGGGUGAUUCAAUAUGUAGACAUUAUGCAUAUCCAAAUAUUACCAUGUAUGACAGAACUAAUGGUGUGGGAGGCUUUGUAAUAAACAGUAAAAACAAACCUGAAAAUGUGAAAGAAUUCUUUGAUGAUAGAAAGCAUCUCUCAGAAGUGGACGUUUUAAAUCGUGUGCCUUUAUUGAACGAAGUGCAAAAUGAAAUAAAUUACAACAUGACAGUCAGAAAACCUGGCGCUUACGUGAUUUUGGUGAAUUAUGUUACACCUUUAACCAAUAAAAACUCACACAAAAUAGAAAUAAUUGCUGACCAGAAAUCUGGUCCAGUAAAUGGCAUUUUGCAUUUGUAUAAUUGCCCCUACACAUUUAUGUGCAGGCAGGUUGUUACGAAUUUAAAUGGUGGUGUUGGAGUAUUCCAAGUUGAAGACAAUGAUUUGCCAGUUAAACUAAUAUUUAAGGGUUCUAAUACUAGCGUUGGUAUUCACACAAUAUACCUCAUACCAUAUGAAGAUUGGUCUGUGGAUUACAUCCAACCACGACCUGUAUGUAUAAGGAAGGAUGGCAAAUGCAUUGAAUCCAAAUUCAGAAAUCCACCAGAAACGAAGAAAAUUCAAUUUGAGACGGACGUAGAAGGUGAAAUUGACUCACACAGGCCGCCAAUCGAAGAAUGGGACAACAACACCGCUUACAUUUGGCUUAAUCCAAACGAAAAAUCAAUCGACUUAAGGGGAAAAGUACCUUCUCCAGGCCCAUAUACGUUUGUCCUGCAUUAUUACCAACCACAUUUUCCAGAAUUCGAUUUGGAGGUGAUCAUUCAGAAUGGUCAGUUUUAUGAAGCUAAAGUGCCUGUGAAACAUUGCCCUUCACAGUCAGGCUGUAGAGCAACUAUUGUGCAAGCAGACCAAAACAACAAAUUCUCAUUAACUGAGAACUUUAUGAUAACUUUAAAGGUGCCAGACAGUGCUAGUAACAAAAACGUGUACCUUGAUUAUCUCCUGGUUAUUCCUGCCGAUUUAUAUAAUGAUAUGAAUUUACAAGAAGAGGAUUUCGAUAGGACUGGGGAGUUUAUAACCACAUGUGGUAACGAUAACUUCAACAUCGACACUUCGAAAGAAGGAUUUUGCCGUGACUCCGUGUUUUCCAUCACCGCUGCCCAUAAUGUCGGCGCAUUGCCAUGCCAAUGUGAUUACUACGGAUCCUGGAGUUUUGAAUGUGAGAAAUUUGGCGGACAAUGUAACUGCAAACCUAAUAUCAUUGGCCGCAAAUGUGAGGCUUGCAAAACUGGUUACUACGGCUUCCCGAACUGUCAACCAUGUAAUUGCCCAUCGACUGCCUAUUGUGAACCAUCCACCGGUCGCUGCAUUUGCCCCGAGAACGUAGUUGGAGAAAAAUGCGAUCAAUGUGCCCCCAUGACAUUCGGAUUUGAUCCUUUAAUUGGUUGCGAAGAGUGCAGGUGCAAUCCGUUAGGUGUAGAGGGUCACCAAAUGCAAUGCGAUCUCUACAAUGGAAGUUGCGAAUGCAAACCAAAUGUUAUCGGUCGUACUUGUGACGUCUGUAGACCAGGACAUUACGCAUUCCCAUACUGCGAAGUUUGCGAUUGCGAUCCUAGUGGUACAACUGUUGACAUAUGUGCCCAAGAUACGGCGGAAUGUUUCUGCAAGAAGAACGUUGUCGGUCCCCAAUGUAACUAUUGUCGCGAGGGAACCUACAAUCUGGAACCUGCUAACGAAGACGGCUGCACUCAGUGCUUCUGUUUCGGCAAAACCACAAGAUGUUACAGUUCUAACCUUAUCAAAAUUCAGUUAAUGGAGACACGGGACUGGGAAGUCGUAUCUGCAAACGUUGCCGCUGGACAAUUGAAUGUAGAGAAGUUGAACUUGACUGUUGAAACCAACAAUUACGUGGGUGUUGACUUUUCAAGCUUCGACGCCGCUAAAACAACAGCUUAUUUCUCCGCUCCGUUCGAUUACUUAGGCAAAAAACUGACGGCUUAUGGAGGAUACCUCAACUAUACGAUCUUCUACGUGAUCGACGGCGAAGGCAACGGUGUAGCAAUUGAUGCACCCGACGUCAUUUUAAGGGGUGCCAAUACUUAUUUAACCCAUUCGAGUUACGAACAGCCACCACCAUCGCAAGCGUACAACGGGUUUGUUAAAAUUGUCGAAAACAACUUCCAGUUGCCCCAAGGAGUUCCAGCUAAAAAAGAACACAUUAUGGAAGUACUUAAAGAUCUCAAAGGCAUCUAUAUUCGAGCCACUUACUGGACAGCUAGUAUAACUACAAGAUUGACGAAUCCCACUCAGGACUUAGGAAUUGCUUACGAACACCAAAACGGACAAGAAAGUCUCGAGCGUGCCGUCACUGUUGAACAAUGUGAAUGCCCGCCAAUGUAUCAAGGAUUAUCUUGUGAGGAGUGUGCCCCAGGUUAUUACAGAGUAGAUGGCCCUCAUGGUGGCUAUUGCGAACCUUGCGACUGCCAUGGUCAUGCCACCGAAUGUGACGUCGAAACUGGCAUUUGUAUCAAUUGCACACACAACACCAAAGGUGAUCACUGCGAAUUUUGCGAAACCGGAUACCAUGGAAAUGCUUUGGCUGGCACUCCAAGGGAUUGUCUUAUCUGCGCCUGCCCACUACCAAUUGCUUCUAACAACUUCGCCACAUCCUGCGAUUUGAGUAAUGACGGCAACAAAAUCAGCUGCGAAUGUGAACCCGGGUAUUUUGGUGCGAGAUGCGAGUCCUGCGCCGCUGGUUACUACGGACGGCCAGAAGUGCAGGGUGAUUACUGUAAACCUUGUCAGUGUUCGGGUAACAUUGACACCAACGAACCUGGCUCUUGCGACACGGUCACUGGUGAAUGUUUGAAAUGUCUCAACAACACUUUCGGAGAGGCCUGUUCGCUUUGCGCACCCGGUUAUUUCGGUGAUGCCAUCCACUUAAAGGAUUGUCAAGCUUGUAUCUGUGACAAAUACGGUACCGAUCACUGCGAUAGUUUUAAUGGUAUCUGUGUUUGCAAGGAAAACGUGAUAGGCGAGAAAUGUGAUCGAUGCCAAGUCAAGCACUACGGUUUUGAAUCUGGCCAAGGUUGCAAACCCUGCAACUGUGCAGAAGCAUCUGAUAGCGAUCAGUGUGACGACGCAACGGGACAGUGCAAGUGCAAGGAAGGUGUUACCGGCAAAAACUGCGAUAGGUGUGCCGCUGGAUACUGGAAUUACACAUCAGAAGGAUGCAUUUCUUGCGGAUGCAAAAGUGAUUUUUCACAAGAUGCUACCUGCAACGCUAUUACCGGCCAGUGCAAAUGUUUACCUGGCGUUCAAGGUGAAAAAUGUAUUCAGUGCCCACCUAGGUGGGCCUUCUCCCCAGGCUAUGGAUGUCAUCCUUGCGAUAAAUGUCAUCAUGCUCUCUUGGACACUACCGACGAAUUGGGCCAAUUAAUCGAUCCGGUCAUAAUAGAAUUUGAUUCCACCAACUCAGGAUAUUUCACAAGAAGGCGAUUGGACAACAUGCGUGAUAUUUUGGAAAAACUUAAACCUAAACUUGACGAUGUCGAUCCUCAUCAAGUCAGUUUAACUGAUGAUUUGGCUGAACUGGAUUCCUUGGAACAGGAUUCCAAAAACUUAAAUAGAAAGUCUAAUUUGUCGUUGGAUAACAGUCACAACUUAAAGAAUCAAAGCGAAGUAUUACAUGAUAAUGUUGCCAAGCUGUAUGAUGAAAUACUAUUAUCAGAAGAAGAGGCAAACUUAUCCAUGGAUCACAUUGGUCAAAUCACAUUUGAAUUGAAUGAAGAAAUCGGCGCCGAAGUUGAUCAUGCCAUUUUGGAAGCGGAAGAUAUUUUCAAACAAAUACAGAGUCACAAUUUCACAGGAAAUGAAAUCGACGCAACUAAACAACUGCGAAAAGUCAAUGAACUACUAAAGAAUGUUACUGAUUUUAAACUUCCAUCAGAUGGAUUGUUAACUGAUGUAGAUCAAAUCAAACAUCAAUUGCAAAACUUUAAGGACAAAUUGGAUGACCUGUACAAUAAUACCCAAUAUUCCCUCAACAAGGCGAAUGAAGCAGAGAAAAUUCUAGAAAAGACUGGAAAGGAUCACAUCAAAGCAAAACUUGAAAAUAUCGGCAAAGAAGUCGAACAAUCCAAAGAAAAUGUCAUACAAUCCCAAUAUCUCCUGGGUAAUGCAUCCAAUCUACUAGACGUUGCGAGAGAUCGCCUUGGACAACUGCAAGAUUUGCCAACUUCUUUGGACGUAAGCAACAACAACUUUAACACCACUCUCAACAACAAUAAUGAAGCACUCGAUGAGCUUGUCGAAAAAUAUUCGUUGGUUGAAAACCACGCCAAGUAUCUGUCGGAUGAAGCAGAAGAAAUCGAUCAAAUAUUGUCUGAAAAUAAAGUAGUUGAAGAUGCAGUUAAGGCAGCCAGUGCAUACCAAGAGAUAGUGAAAGCGGUGAACAACUCUAGAAGGGCUGCAGAAGAAUCCAGGAACGAUACUGCUAGUGCUAAAAAUAUUCUGUCGGGCAUCAGCGAUAAGACCACCGAGGCUGAUGAUAAGUCUUCUGAUAUUUUGGAUAAAGCACAUUUAUUAAAUGGACAAAAGGACAAUCUGAUCCCAAGCAUGAAUAGUGUCAAGGAAGACUUUGGCCUAGUUAGUGAAAAUCAAGAAAAGAAUGAUGGUCUCCUUAAGGAAAUUGAAAAGAUUUUGGAUAAUAUUCAUCAAAAGUCAUACGAUGAACACUACAAAAAUGCAUCGGAAACUGCUGAAGAUGCCAACGCAGUAGUAUCUGAAGUUAAGGAUAUUGUGGACCAAGAUUUCACAGAACUGCCUAAUGAAAGAAAAAUGGUUGAAACCCUACCGAAAGAUUAUGAGGAGAUACGCAGCAAUCUUCUAUUAACUGAGAAACAAAUUAGAAGUGUGAACGAAAAACUUCCUGAAGUAAUUGAUAGAGUUGAAAAACUUCCGGAAAAACAUGAGGCUCAACAAAAAGCUGUGGACACCAUUCAGUCAAAAAUAAAGAAAUUGAACCAACAAAUUGAAUUGGCCAGAGAUAUGGCCAACAAAGUUAAAGUUGGCGUACAAUUUUAUCCAAACACUACUCUCGAAUUGAGGAAUCCUGACAAUUUGGAGGAACUAACAACAUCAAUAAAGAUGUCAGGCUAUUUCAGGACAAACAAACUUGACGGCAUAGUUUUCUAUUUGGGUAAUCCGGUUGGAACUAACUUGCCAAAAACAAAAUCAGAUGAUUACAUGUCGCUUGUUAUUGUCAAUGGGUAUCCCACACUCAAAUUUGAUAUUGGAAAUGGACCAGAUCAACUUAUCAAUGAUAAAUUUGUAUCAGAUGGAGUUUGGUAUCAAUAUAUAAUUGAAAGAAUUGGCCACCAUGCAACAUUAACAAUACGUGAGGAAGUAGAUGGUCAAAUAAAAGAAACCAAGGCUGAGAAACCAAUAGUGGGCCACUAUUCAAUCUUCAAUUUAGACAAAGACAAAUCUAAACUGUUUGUGGGCAGUUUCCCACCUACUAAUUACGAGAUUCAAAAGGACAUAGCUGACUACAACUCAUUUGAAGGUGAAAUUGAAGAACUCGUAAUUGGUGACAGACCUGUUUCUCUUUGGAACUUCAACCAAGGCUACGAGAACAAUCAUCCGGCAUUUGAAAGAGACAAACUUUUAGUACUUCAGCCUAGUACCGGUUUCAGGUUUAAUGGAAAUGGUUAUGCUAUUUUAAAUGCUAGGGCCUAUCCAAUAAGGCAGAGAUCUGACAUUCAAUUAGUAUUCAAAACAUUCGCCACCGAAGGACUUUUGUUCUUAACGAGUAAGGACAAAACGUUUAUUGCUUUAGAAAUGCGAAAUGGCAAAGUGCUUUAUCAAUACAAUUUGGGAAGUGGCACUAAGACCAUUGCUACAUCGAAACAAUAUAACGAUGGUAAAUGGCAUAAGAUUGUCGCAAUUAGAGAAGGCGCGAAGGGCAGACUCUCUGUGGACGGUCAAGAAGCAAGAGACGUCACGAAACCUAUAUCUGGUUCCACUAUUGAUCACAUUGAAACAAUAUCAUUUGGUGGCUAUCCCAACAAACACAAUCAUCCAGAAGUUACUGAGAUGAAAUUUGAUGGAUGUAUCAAUAACGUCACAAUUAUGGGUCAACCAGUUGAUCUCAGGGUUAAUAUCAAGACGUUCGAUGUCUUACCAGGAUGUCCAGACAAAUUUGAACCAAUGGUAUCAUUCUCUAAACAACGUCCUGGUUACAUUGGCUGGGACAGAAUUUCAGUCGCAAAUGACUUCAAAAUCGCAUUGAAAUUCAAGACUAAAGAAAAAGAUGGCUUGAUUUUCUAUGUAACUGAUAAUCAACAGACUGCUGGAAUAUCUCUAGCUUUGGUACGCGGUCACCUCAAAGUUAUUAGUCAAAAGAUAGAACUGGUAUCAAAGGAUACAUUUAAUGACACUAAAUGGCAUGUGGUGUCCGUUAUGCACAAUGACAACGAACUUAGGGUGGAUUUCGAUGAUUUUGGUUACAAAGUAACUGAUUCACCACCAGCCUUGCACCUUCUUCAUGGACAUAUGUAUGUGGGUGGUUUACCAUCAAGACUGAAUCCUCUACCGGGAACGGUAGGAUCUACGAAACCAUUCUCUGGGUGUAUAGCAGAUCUUACACUAAAAGGCGCCGUAAAAAAUUUUGCGAAUACGACAGACCGUUCAAAUGAAUAUUUGGCGUCUUGUUUGCUUGAUAAAACCGAACUAGAUGAUUUAGAUGUCCAUAAGUUGCCUGAGUUACCUCCACUUCCAGAUCUUGAAGGAUUUACUACUACUGAGGCAAUUCCUGUCACUGAAAAUCCAUUUGGCUCUAAGGACAAAUCGCGAGGAGAUGGUGGUAAUGACUAUGUGCCUCCAAGUCGGUACCAUCCCAUCGAUAAAAUUCAACCAGUGACUGAAGAAGUAGUAAAACCAGAACCAGAGGAGACAUUCACGAAUGCUCCGCGUCCAGGUCAUAUCGGUCGACCGCCUCCACCAACAACUAAACCACCACCAAAGGAAGGUUGUGCAUUGCCCAUUGAACCUCUAGACGAAGGAGAAAAUAAUGGCUUCCGAUUCGGUACCAAGGAAGCCAGCAGAUUAGAAUAUAUGCAGGCUAGGGGUAAGUUCAAAAAGCAAUGCGACUUCGAUUUGGAGGUUCGCACAUCUGAAAGUGACGGAGUGAUCCUUUAUAUCUCCGACCAGAAAGGCCACGAUCAAUAUAUGGCUCUCUUGAUGCAAGAUGGUCGCUUGGUAUUCACAUUUAACACCACUCAAGGUCCAAUCGUCAUCCGUACCAAAAAUAGGUAUGAUGAUGACAAGUUCCAUUACAUAGAAAUUAGUCGCGAUGGAACUAAUGCCAAAAUAGUGGUGGACAAUCAAGAGAAGUUGAGUCAAUCUGGUAGUGAUCCUUCAUUGGAUCUAAGGGCUCCAUUUUACAUUGGAGGUCUUCCUCCAAAGUUCUACAAUGAUGUCGUCAGUAAAAUUAAUAUGACUGGCACAUUUAAAGGAUGUAUUAGGAACUUCAAUAUGAAUGGAAAGCCUAUGGAAAAUCCUACACUUUAUGAUGUAAUUCCUUGUUCUUCAAACGUGGAGGCUGGAACAUUCUUCAGCGGUGAUGGUUUCGUCAAACUUAAAGAAAAAUUCAAGGUUGGAAUAGAAUUCAACGUUAAAAUGGAAAUAAAGCCAAGAAACAUAUCAGGUGUAAUCUUGGCUGUUCACGGAAAGAAAGAUUACUUUGUUCUUGAAAUGAUAAAUGGGAUGUUACAAGCAACAGUUGACAAUGGUAAACGACCAUUUAAAACUAUAUUCAAAAAGGAUAGUAUCUAUAGUCUUUGUGAUGGAGAAUGGCAUAGUAUUCAAGCUGUGAAAUCGAAGAACGUCAUCACAUUAUCUGUAGACAACGUAUUUACACCUCCUCAAUUAGGUGAUCGUCAUGCGCUUUCUACAGAUACGGGAAGUGCCCUAUUUAUCGGUGGUCAUCGCUACAUUAAACGUAUCAGAGGAAUCCAAACUAGAACUCCGUACGUUGGAUGCGUCCGAAACAUUUAUAUAAAUAAUGAACCGGCAGAGAUUAUACCAACCAUGAUAAAUGGUAAAGUCAAUGUAGGUUCAUGUAGAACUAAUUAAGGACAAUAAAGUAUUUUCAAAUAUAUUGUCGUUUGACUCAAUAUGUUAUUUUAUAUUCUACUAUUGUAAUUUCUUCUAGCAACCAUGCAUGUUAACUGAUCAAUCAAAAUUGUCUUUAUAAUUUUUUAUUCAGGUAUAGUUGACUAAAGAUAUUUGUAAUUUUUAAUGUUACCAUUUAUAAAUAAAUAUAUUUGCUUGUGCUUUCA